CGCCGCUCUCCUCCAAUGGAAAAGUUCGGCCCGAACGGGACGCUCCGGCGGGGUUGGGCUGUGUCUGGGCGCGAUGCGGUUCGGAUCCAGGUGUGCCAUGAAGACGGCCGACUGAUUUGCUUUUUUUUUUUUUUUUUUUCUUCCUCGGCGUCCCGUCUCAAAGCCCACUGUGGUUCAUGCCUUGCCCAUCCACCUUCUUCCUUGCACCCGUCUCUCCAUCCAUCUAACUCGCAACGCUUCCAAAGACUCUGCCGGCUGACUGUCAUGGCGUCCACAGCUUUAUUGUUGCUGGGCCUCCUCUCCUCUGUACCCAUCACAGUGGCGGUCUUAUUUGGCGAGCCCAGAAUAUAUGGAGAGGACGCUACUGGUUAUGGUCCCAUUUUUGAAGAGGAACCCAUGGAUGUGGUCUACACCAGUGACUCGCCUGAGAAGAGGAUAUCCAUGAACUGCAGGGCACGUGCAAAUCCUCCAGCUACAUACAGGUGGCGCCGGGAUAACUGGGAGAUCAAGCUAAUGGAGCAACCCGAUGAACACUACAGCCUAGUUGGAGGAAACCUGGUCAUCACAAACCCAAUUCAGAAGAAACACGCUGGGACCUACACGUGCGUGGCCCGGAAUAUCUACGGCACCGUUCUCAGCAAGGAGGCCAGGGUCAAGUUUGGAUAUAUUGAGGAGUUUCCUGAUGAAGAGAGGGAACCGGUGUAUGUUAAAGAAGGUCAGGGAGUCGUUCUGUUGUGUGUCCCUCCAAAAGCCUGGCCACAGGAGGUAAGCUAUCGCUGGAUCUACAACGAGUUUCCAGUUUUCCUGCCCACAGACCGCCGUCGGUUUGUCUCCCAGAAGACGGGGAAUUUGUACAUCUCUAAGGUGGAAGCUCAGGAUGCAGGAAACUACUCUUGCUUCGUUUCAAGUCCCACAAUAGGGAAGAGCGUGUACUCCAAGUUUAUCCCUCUCAUCCCUACUCCUCCAGAUGAUGGUGAGGAGAGAAAAUAUCCAGCAGACAUUAGAGUGAAGUUUCCAGACACCACUGCAAUGCUGGCCUCCAAUAUCACCUUGGAGUGCUUCGCUCUUGGAAAUCCCAUCCCACAUAUUGUGUGGAGGAAGGUGGACGCCACUGACCUCCCUGCCAAUCACGAGAUCAGCGAAUCAGGCGCUGUGCUUCAUCUGUACAAUAUUCAGUAUGAAGACGUUGGAGCAUACGAGUGCGAAGCCAUCAACACCAAAGGAAAGGACUGGCAUAAAGCCUGGCUUUAUGUGGAGUCUGCACCUGAAUGGGCCGAAACUAUCAACAACACCCAAGUGGACAUUGGAUCAGAACACACGAUGCGCUGCGUGGCUUCAGGAAAACCCUUUCCGUUCAUCCGCUGGUACAAAGAUGGAUAUAUGUAUGGGAAAGGCGAGCUGAAGUUUUCCAGUCUAACUUUCGAUGACUCUGGGAUGUACCAGUGUAUUGCAGAGAACUACUGGGGCAUCAAAUACGCCAACGCUGAGCUGCGGGUCGUUGCCUGGGCUCCAACAUUCGAGCUCAACCCUGUAAAGAAGCAUCUACUCGGAGCUAAAGACGGACGCGUGUUGAUUGAGUGUAAGCCGAGAGCUGCUCCUAAGCCUCGAUUCACCUGGACAAAGGGCAAAGAGGUCCUCUACAACAGCUCACGUGUUUCUGUCAUGUUCGAUGGCACCCUGGAGAUCCGCAACGCCACCAAAAAUGAUGAAGGUUUUUAUACCUGCUAUGCUGAGAAUGACAGGGGGAAGGCCAACAGUUCGGGAUAUCUCAUCAUCACAGAGGCAACAAGCAUUUCCGUAGCACCUGAGGACUCCGAGGUUAGGGUUGGAGACGAGGUGAUUCUCCGGUGCGCCGCGUCAUACGACCCCAUGCUGGACAUCACUUUUAUCUGGGCCAUUGACUUCAGAGUCAUCGACUUUAAUGCCGAGUGGCAACACUAUGAGCGAGUCAUGAGUGAAGAUGGGGUCGGCGACCUGAGGAUAAAAAACACACAGAUUUGGCAUGAAGGUCGCUACACCUGCACCGCUCAAACCGUGGUGGACAGCGACAGCGCUUAUGCCGACCUGAAAGUCGUCGGUGUUCCCGGGCCACCCGGCGUGCUCCGGAUCGAGGAGAUCGGGGACACUUGGGUGAGGCUUUUGUGGUCCAAAGCAGCAGAGCACAACAGUCCCAUCCUGUACUACACUGUUCAGACCAGGCACUUCUGGGCUUUGAAUGAAGACGACUGGAAGAAUGCCAGCACAUCUCCUAGCUUUCUUGACGGGACUAUGGAGAAAGCCGAUGUCACUGACUUAUACCCUUGGAUGGAGUACCAGUUUAGGGUCAUCGCCACCAAUGAGUAUGGAUCCGGGGAGGCCAGUAUACCUUCUCUCAAGAUCAAAACCUGGGAUGCCCCUCCAGUCGUUUCUCCCACAGACGUGGCCGGAUAUGGAGGCAGAAAUGGCGAGAUUGUCAUCACGUGGAAUCCUGUGCAGCCCUGGUAUUUCUAUGGCAAGAAGUUUGGGUACAUUGUGGCCUUCAAGCCCCACGACGCCUACGACUGGUGGUAUGAGACCAUCUCAGACCCCGAGACCAGGCGAUACGUUCACAGAGAUUCCUACUUCAUUCCGACCGAGGAAGACUUCCAGGUGCGAGAGUUUCAGGUGAAAAUCAAGUCGUUCAAUGUGAAAGGAGACGGACCAUACAGCCUCACCAAGGUCAUCUAUUAUCCGAGAGAUGUCCCAAUAGAACCUCCCACAGAUGUCUACGCCAGGCCGGUGUCCUCCACCGAAGCUGUGGUUUGGUGGCUGCCUGUAGUUGAUACUGGAACAGGCCUACAACAGUACAUUGAGGGAUAUCAGGUCAAAUACUGGAGAAAGUACGAUGACCCAGAGCCCGGAGCAAAUCGCAUAUUUGUUCCGGCUACGGUCAACCAGACCCGGCUGGAGAACAUGCUGCCAGAUUCCCACUACCUCAUUGAGGUCCGGGCCUUUAACGGAGCAGGCCUCGGACCCCCCGGGGAACACUGCGAGAUGUUCACCAAGAGGGCACCACCCGCUGAGCCUCCCAGAAUGUGGCGCUACGUCACCUGGACAGGACAAUGGCUGUACGUAUGGUGGGAUCAUAUCCCCUAUGACUGGUUGGGGAAUGUUUCUUUCCCCCUCUACUACAAGGUCAUGUUCAGAAAGACAGGGUACAUCUACGGCAAGGUCUACAUCACUGGCUGGCACUUUAUGGACUUCCCAAUGCCUCAGAUGGGAGACUUUGAACUCAUGGUUCGUGGUCGCUAUGAAGGGGGAGAUGGCCCAGUCAGGAUGAUAAGCAUUAAGGGUAAAGCGUCUCAGACCACACCCACAAUCAGUUUCUUAUUUUUGUUGCUGCUGGCGCUUUGUACUGCAGGUUUUUAAAUUUAAGCGUGAAGCGAAUACAUUGUAUAUAAUGGACUGCAGAAAGCAAAUGCUUGGACCUAAUGGAGGAUUGAGUCAUCAUGGCAAAGUCUUUUCAUGACAGUUAACAGCUAGUAACCAUUUUUACAGUGUUGGUGAUGUUACAAUGAAGGUUUUUGAUUCACAAAUUAAAAUGAGCCGUUGGGAGGCGCAGCUACUCUGGAUCACAAAGUGUACAAAGAAAGCAGCAUGAUAUCUAGAAGGGAAAAAUUGAGAUUUUGAGCUGGAUAUUUCAUAAACACGAGAUAAAAAAAUAAAUAUUUAAAUGCAGAGACUCUUUACACCGCAAAUGUUGGAGCCUAUAAUUAAAACACUGUUUAGAUAGAAAUAAAUGUAUAGAAAAGUCACUGCAGUGCACUAAAAACCUGUUUGUCUGAUCCGUUUACCCAUUUAUUUUAUUGUAUUUUUUUUAAAUGUUGUUGAAAAAGAGUUUGCAAACUCCUUUUCAACAUUAUGAACCCUAUAGCAAUGAUUAGAAAAGAAAAGCUGAUGUUAGAAAAUCUAGGGUUUUUGUUUAUGUUGUUAUUUAUUGAUUUUUUUAUAUAUAUAAAACAGGAGCAACUUUUAUAUUGUUUUUUUAUUCUGUUAAAAAGUUUUGGGACAUUUUCUCCAUGAUUUUUCAUGUUCUGAAUUAUUCACAAGUGCAACACAAUCCAUGCUGGUAUUGUUGAUAUACUUUAAAAACUGCUGGGCUACCAAACAAUAAAUAAAUAAAUUGGCAUAUAUUGCUAACAAACUACUGCUCCAAAUCUGGAAAAGUUGUAAUCGAGAGCUUCGCCUUUUGACUCGGCUCACUCUUCACCUCAACAGACCGGUACAGACCUAUCAAUCUCCUGUUCCAUCUUUCCCUCAUCUGAGAACAAGACGUCAAGACACUUAACUUUUUAAAAGAUUUUUUAAAAUAAAAAAAAGUCUGCUUGAGCGUCUUGUUUAGCAACAGCCAUUAGUUACUUACCUUACUGAGCAGCUGGCAUAGGAGCUGCAACGUUUUUGCACAAAGUUAGCAUUUUCUUGUAGCUCCAUAGAAUUUUAAAGGUUAGUGUUAGCUUCGGUGAACAAACUCAUUCCUUAGUGUGAUCUAAUGCAAUUAACCCAACCCACUGACAUUAACUCUGUUAUCCAAGCAUCAUUCCCCCAACUUAAUCCUUAUUUAAUUUCCACUUUAGUGAGGUGUGGUCGUUGUAAAGUUUAAAAUGGUGGUCUGUUAAGAGUGUUUCCUGCUCUCUGAAACUAACAAAUGGAGUCACAAUGUUUGACACACUUAAAACUUUAGAGUUUUUCUCCCAACAGCAUAGACCCAGCAGUUUUUUUUUUUUUUUUUUUUUUUUUGGUGCAUAUUAAAAGAUGAAAGCCAUGGAUCACUCAACAAGAAGCAUUUUUAUCUGGCUGGAGGUGAAAGCUUCACGGAUGUUCAAAUCCAUAUGUAUCUUAACGCUACCUUCCUUUAUGUAAAGCUGGAAAAAAAUAUUAAACAGAAUUUAAUAGUCAUGACCUUA